CAAUUGACUUCGAAAAUGUCUGAUAUUGACGUUGAAAAAACUCUUUCUCAAUUAAAACUCCUGGAAAAAAUUGGAUUACUUGCUGGUAUUGAUUUCUGGCAUACUUUCCCCGUUGAAAGAUUGGAUGUUCCCAGUCUUAGGUUCAGUGAUGGUCCCAAUGGUGUUAGAGGUACCAAGUUCUUCAAUGCUGUUCCGUCUGCUUGUUUUGCCAAUGGAACUGCUUUAGCAGCUACUUUUAACAAAGAAUUAUUAUUCAAAGCUGGUUCUUUGAUGGCAGAAGAAGCUAAACAUAAAUCUGUUCAUGUUAUUUUGGGUCCUACCACUAAUAUGGCCAGAGGUCCAAAUGGUGGGAGAGGGUUUGAAUCUUUUAGUGACGAUCCAUAUUUAGCCGGGAUUUGCUCAGCUUCCAUCAUUAAUGGUAUCCAAGAUGAUGAUAUUGCUGCUACCAUCAAACAUUUUGUUGGAAAUGAUUUGGAGGAUCAACGUAACUCUUCUGAUUCAAUCAUUACUGAUCGGGCCUUGAGAGAAAUCUAUUUGGAACCUUUCCGUUUGGCAGUUAAAUAUUCCAAUCCAAAAGCUUUUAUGACUGGUUAUAAUAAAGUUAAUGGUGAACAUGUUUCUCAAUCUGAAAAAAUUAUUCAAAAAAUCUUACGUGAAGAAUGGAAUUGGGAUGGUGCUGUUAUGUCUGAUUGGUUUGGUACUUAUACCACUGAAACUGCAAUUAAGAAUGGGUUGGAUAUUGAAAUGCCUGGUCCAACUAAAUUUAGAGAUCAAGACCUUGUUUCUCACAUGAUUAAUACUAAAGAACUUCAUAUUAAUCACAUUAAUGACCGUGUUAGAAAUGUAUUAAAAUUAGUUAAAGCUACUGCUAAGUCGGGAGUUAAAGAAAAUGGACCUGAAGAUGAUAAAAAUAAUACUCCUAAAACUAGUGAAUUUUUAAGACAACUUUCGGGUGAAUCAAUUGUUUUAUUGAAGAAUAAUAAUAAUGUUUUACCUUUGAAUCCAAAAGAAUCAAUUGCAGUUAUUGGUCCUAAUGCUAAAAGUCAUGCCUACUGUGGUGGGGGUUCUGCUUCCAUCACUCCUUAUUAUAAUGUUUCUCCUUAUGAUGGGAUUUCCUCUAAAUUGUCUUCUCCUCCUCCUUAUACUGUUGGUGCUUAUGCUCAUAAAGCUUUACCAGGUUUAGGUCCUUUUAUUAAUAACUCCGUCACUGGUAAAAAAGGUUUUAAUGUCAAAUUUUUCUAUGAUAAAGAAAAGAAACGUCAAUUUGAUGAAGUUAACGUGACUCAAUCUUGUUUCUUCUUGGGUGAUUAUAAACAUCCCGAUCUCAAGACCAAUUUAUUUUACUUAGAAAUUACUGGUGAUUUAGAGAUUGAAGAAGAUGGUGAAUAUGAAUUUGGUCUUGCCGUUGUUGGUACUGGGGUUAUCAAUGUGGACGGAAAUUUAGCCGUUGCCAAUAUUAAAGAUCAAAAGAAGGGUGAGUUUUUCUUUAAUAAUGGUACUGUGGAAGAAAAAAAUAAAGUUAAAUUAUCUAAAGGUACUCAUAAGGUUGAAGUCAAUUUUGGUUCUGCCCCAACUUAUACUCUCCUUAAUGAUGAUGUUGUUGAUUUCGGUGGUGGUGGUGCACUUAACAUUGGUUUUGCAAAAGUUAUUGAUGGUAAAGAAGAGAUUGAUAAUGCAGUUAAACUUGCAAAAUCAGUUGAUAAAGUUGUUUUAUCAAUUGGUCUUAAUCAAGAAUGGGAAUCUGAAGGUUAUGAUCGAAAAGAUUUGGAUUUACCCUUAUUAACUAAUGAUUUGGUGGCUGCAGUGUUAGAAGCCAACCCAAACACUGUUGUUGUUAACCAAUCUGGUACUCCUGUUGAGUUCCCAUGGUUAUCUAAAGCAAACGCUUUGGUUCAAGCGUGGUUUGGAGGAAAUGAAGCUGGUAAUGCAAUUGCUGAUGUUUUAUUUGGUGAUAUUAAUCCUAGUGGUAAAUUAUCGUUAUCUUGGCCAUUAAAAUUCACUGAUAAUCCUACUUACUUAAACUUUAAAACUGAAAGAGGUAGAGUUUUAUACGGUGAAGACAUUUUCAUAGGUUAUAGGUAUUAUGAAAAAUUGCAGAGAAAAGUUGCUUUCCCAUUUGGUUAUGGUUUAUCUUAUACCAAAUUUGAAUAUUCUAAACUUAAGGUAAGCGUUAAUGAGUCCAAAGAUCUCUUAAGUGUCUCUGUUGAUGUUAAAAAUAUUGGUGAUAUCACCGGUAGUGAAGUGGUCCAAGUCUAUAUUGGUGCUCAAGAACCAUCAAUUAUUCGUCCUGUAAAAGAGUUGAAAGGUUUUGAAAAAGUUGAAUUAAAGAGUAAUAAACUGACUACUGUUAAGUUCGAUUUAUCUUUGAAAGACUCUACAUCUUUCUGGGAUGAAUAUCAAGAACAAUGGAGCUCCGAAGCUGGUAAAUAUGAUGUUUUCGUUGCUAAAAGCAGUGAUGAUAUUGAAUUGAUUGAAAGAUUCGAUAUUAAGGAAUCCAAGUUAUGGGUUGGUCUUUAAAUAUACUUCUUUAG